ACAACUACCUCAUUCAUCCUUAUUCAUUCACUUUCCCUUUUCUCACGCUUUUCCUUUCCUUCUUUAACUCCUCAAAACAUCUAUCUCACUCAUUUGUAAACAAGAAAACUUUGAAAUAAUAUUCUACUCUCUAUUUUAAUUUGCCAUUAGAAUAUCUCUAUCAUCAUCCUUUUUCUUGUUUAAUUACAAUAAUUGCAUUGAAUAUGGCGUCCCAAAAGGAAAGAGAAACUCAUGUUUACAUGGCCAAGCUCGCCGAACAAGCUGAGCGUUAUGAUGAAAUGGUUGAGAGUAUGAAGAAAGUUGCAAAACUUGAUGUGGAAUUGACAGUAGAGGAAAGGAACUUGCUUUCUGUUGGCUACAAGAAUGUCAUUGGAGCUCGAAGAGCUUCGUGGCGUAUCAUGUCCUCCAUCGAACAGAAAGAAGAGUCAAAAGGGAACGAGCAAAAUGUCAAGCUGAUAAAAGGCUAUCGCCAAAAGGUAGAGGAAGAGCUCUCCAAGAUUUGCUCUGACAUUCUUGAAAUCAUUGACAAACAUCUCAUUCCAUCUGCUGGCACUGGUGAAGCUACUGUCUUCUAUUACAAAAUGAAAGGUGAUUAUUAUCGUUACCUUGCUGAGUUCAAGACUGAUUCUGAAAGGAAAGAGGCUGCUGAACAAUCAUUGAAAGGCUAUGAGGCUGCUACUGGAACUGCAAACACUGAUCUCUCUUCAACACAUCCAAUUCGACUUGGUCUUGCUUUGAACUUCUCUGUUUUCUACUAUGAGAUCAUGAACUCUCCCGAAAGGGCAUGUCACUUGGCUAAACAAGCUUUUGAUGAGGCAAUUGCAGAGUUAGACACUUUAAGUGAGGAAUCAUACAAGGACAGUACCUUAAUUAUGCAGCUGUUGAGAGACAACCUCACACUAUGGACCUCUGAUUUGCCUGAAGAUGGAGGUGAAGAGAAUGUGAAGGCUGAUGAACCAAAAGCUGUUGAACCAAAAUCUGCUGAUGCAAAAUCUGCUGAUGCCAAAUCUACUGAUGCCAAAUCUGCUGAACCUGAAGAGGCAUCAAAAGCUAAACAAUAGUCGAUACGCGCAAGAAAUUACAACAGACUUUUUUUUCUCAGCUUUACAAGACACAACUGCUUGUGUUAUUUUUGCAAUGGCCUCAUCAGAAGAAGAUGCAAUUCAUGAAUGAUCAUCUGCUUUUUUUACUAGUUUGAGAUUUAUUCAUUCUUGUGUUCUAGUUUUUUAUUUACUUAAUAUUGUUAACUGUGGAAGAGUUAUCAUCUAAACAGCGGGCACAUUUUGUAUUUACUUAAUGGCUUUUUGAGUCUUUGUUAGAUCCUUGCUUUUUUCAAGAACCAAUAUAUAAU